GGCUCUGGGGCCCUCCGACCCACACGGGGACCAGAGACCAGAGAAAGCUGCGUCCGGCAGAGGGGCCCACAGGCUCCCAACAUUCGAGUCCCACCCAAGGCCACAGACCCGGCCCGGAAGAACGAGCAAGCCUCUCUGGCACCAGGCCCGAAGGACGACCCCCGCCCCUCUGUCCGAGACGGUUCAGGGUGGACAGGGGACGCCGUGCCUCUCGCCCGCGGUCGUGUCCGGAGCCCUCGGGCCGAAAUCAACAUCGAAACCGACUCCCACUGGCCCCCCUCGGACUUUUGGAGGCCUCCUUUCGGGUCUCAGCGGCUCCCGCAGAGGACAAUGGGGCCCGGACCGUGCACCGCGCUGACCCUGAUCGCGGCGAUCCUGCUUCUGGAGCCGCCUGCCACGAUAGCCGCGGUGCAGAUCUUCUACAACUGUAACUCCAGCAUGGUGGAAUUUAGAGACAUGCCGGCUCUGUUCGGCCCCAAACUGACCAACCUGGGGCUGCGGGGUCAACUGGUCGAGGCCAAGCCGGCCAACGCGUGCCAACCCAUCAGAGGCCCGAGGAUAAGGGCUAACGUCUCCCAGGCCGCCAUCGUCUUGAUCCGGAGGUUCGACUGUACCUUCGACUUGAAGAUCCUACACGCCCAGCUGGCCGGCUACCAGGCGGCCAUCGUAUACAACAUGCACUCGGAUGAGCUGGUGGAGAUGGGGCACGUGUUCAAGGACCUCAAGCAGCAGAUCCAGAUCCCGGCCGUCUUUGUCAGCGAGACGGCGGCCCAGAGCAUGCGGAUCAUCAUGCACUGCGACCGAGGGGCGCAGGUCUUUCUGCACCCGAACAGCCCCGAGCAGUGCCUGAAGCUGGGCUGCUCCUUGGCCUCCCACUACUGGUUCUUGAUCGGCUUCCUGACCCUGGCCAUCACGGUUCUGAUGCUGGUGGUGAUAGGCUGGCGUUUGACAGAGCAGGCGACAGGCACAGUGCCCAGCUGGAGAUUGAGAGACCUCAGGGCCCGGGAGACCAAAGCGUGCACUUACAUCAGACAGGACGACCUGUGCGCCAUCUGCUUAGAUGAUUACGAGCACGGAGACCAGCUCAAGAUCCUGCCGUGCUCCCACGCUUUUCACACCGACUGCAUCGAUCCAUGGUUCGCCCAGGCCGUCAACAUGGUAUGCCCGGUGUGCAAGCAGCUCGUGCCCAGCAGCGACGACAACUCCGACUCCAACCCGGAGAGCUCCGGAGAACUGGGGGAAGACGAUGGGGAGGACGACGACGAGGAGUUGUUCUCAGCGCUCAGGCCCCUGCCAAACCGACUGCGGCGCUGGGAUCGGCGGGGGAACUAGUUCCCACGCCCCGGGGGAGGGCCGCCACGGCUCCGUGGGCGAACCCCCCGCCUUUGGAGGUGCCAUUCCCCCAGUCCCCCGUGUUCUCCCGCCGCAGCACCCCACCCGUUUGAAAGGCCUGCGGAGCUCUGCCCUACCCCCCUCACCCCACCCCUCAUUCCACAUAAGCGGGGUUGGGUGGGGGGGGGGCUGCUCUCAGGGGAGAAAUGCCCGGCCUGAUUCUGAUUGGUUACCAUAAAUGUAGGCCUUCGGAUGGAAGAAAUAAAAUCCACAAGAGAAAA